AUGUGUUCUCCCAUUCAAUUCUCACCCUUCAUUUCUUCCAUCUUUAUUUCUACUCUCUCCUUCUACCUCUAUCAACUCAAUUCACCACAUACCCGACUCAUAACCCUAAGUCUCUUCGCCUUUCUGACCAAUUUUAUUUUCAUCCAUUUCCAUAUAUUACUGACAAUUUUGCUUAUUUCUAUUCCUUCCUUCACCCAACUGAGAUGCGGUCGAAUAUGUGACCACAAUUGCGACUGUAAUACACACAAAGAUGAUGCUGUGGUCGGAACACGUAGCCCACAAUUUCCACAAACACCAACCUUCUCUUCCCCCAGCCUCUCUCUCUCUCUUUCUCUCUCUCUUCUUAUUGUCUUCAAGAUAUUUCUCUCCUGCAAAUGUUCAUCUCUUAGGGCUCCAUCUUCGUCUAGCCACAACUUCCUGACUCCCUCCCACCAAUUUUUUACGUAUCAUUUUUUUCCGACCCUUUUCUUCUUUUAUUCUAUUUUUCUUUCAAUUUUUUUUCUCGCUCAAUAUUCUUCCUUCUACUUUCUCCUCCAUUCUUUUUUAAUCUUCAUAUUUUAUGAUAUUGUCUUUCAUGCUAUUACUUAUUUCCAUUUCUUAUCUGAGAUCCACACUAUUUGUUUCUUUUAUUUCGUUUUGACCCUUUUCAUCAAUUUUUCUCUUUUAAAUCUUUUAUUCUCUCUCUCUCUCUUUUUAUUUUCUGUCAUUAAGACGCCUUUAUAUUAUUCUUCUUCAAUUUUGUUCAUUUUCCCUGUCUUCUUCACUUCUUAUUUUCCCCACAAUUAUAUUCCUUUCAAAUACAGACUUCUACUUUGCUCUUUGUGCAAGUUCCUUUCCUUUACACAGUUCCAUCCUUAA